UAAUCAUAUCGGGGACGGUACUAUUGGCAGUUGCCCAAUUUAAUUCGUUCUUGCCCGCGAACCCGCUGCGGCGAAAUUAUUAACCGACGGUGCGAGAUCUAACUAAUGAAGAGGUCAAUGACACUCUACCUGAAUCCCUACUGUCCGCCCUCGGCGUACUAUCUUCCACGCACAACAAUCCUCGACAACUCCCAAAUUGCAAUUGAGAGCAUCUUGCCUCUCAAUACUACCUUUAGGCAACGCGCAUAUCAAGAUCAGCGCGUUGACUACUCCUCGCCAUCAUGGCGCCGAAAAAGAACACUCAGACUCUCAGUCUGGGAGAAUUCCUCAAUGAUCAAGCACUCGGAUCAUGGGCUGAUGAGAUGGAAGAUAUGCCGAUGCCAUCAUCUGAAUCCCGCACCGGGUACGGACGAAGCACUGGUGGCCCAACUGGGGGUUGGGGCGGAGAUCGUAGUGGCUUGAGCGAAGACCGCGGCACUCCCAGUUCUACGCCUCGCGAUGCUCUUCCACUUCCCUCAAGGCCACCAUAUACUGCCUACGUUGGAAACUUGUCUUUCGAAGACACUCUGACAACAGAUGUGAUCGGAGAUUUCUUCAAGGACGAAUUCGAGAAGGCCAAAGCAUCAAACAAGGACGGAAUAGGUGACAAGAUACUUACUGUCACCAAUGUCCGUAUUGUCACCGAUAGGUUCGAGGGCAAAUCAAAAGGCUUUGGAUAUGUUGAGUUUGGUUCUGUCGACGCGCUUAAGUUCGCAAGAGACCAAAUCAAUGGUGCUUCUUUCUAUGGUCGGGAGCUUCGCAUCAGCGUGGCUGAUCCCCCCAAGGAGCGUAGCGAUGCACGUGAUAUCGAUUGGGUUCGUAAAGGCCCCCCUGCUGACCUCCCGAACCAACGCCGUCCCUCCGACAGAGGUUACAACCGAUUCAACGAUGCUGAGCCAGAGGCCGGUAGCGAGCGUGGUCCAAGACGGGGGCCGCCUGCCUUUGAAGGAGAUGGGAAAUCGCGUGACCUCGAUAAAUGGGAACGCAAGGGUCCUCUGUCCCCUGCUCCUGGCGCACCAGGUGGUAUGAGAGAAGGAGGUCGCACAAGAGGGAAUGACCUUACUGUCAGAGAACGAAAACAGUCACCCGCCUGGGGUGAAGGACGCUCGGAGACGUCUCGUCCUCCACGCCGCGAAUACCAAGAAAAGCCAGCAUUUGAGCCUCGUGCAAGGGAACCCACCGCACCAGAACUCGACAAUCAAUGGCGCUCUAAGAUGCGACCCGAUGCUACUGCUCGUUCGCCCGCUGGUACACCUGACGUCAGUACGCCAUCGUCGCCCACAGCGACCCCAGCCAUCCCAGCAGUCCGACAAAGGCUACAAUUACAAAAGCGUACCGUUUCCGAAUCCGACCCAUCGCCCUCCUCUGCGGCGUCUGAUGCAAAGGCUAGUCCUUUCGGUGCUGCACGGCCCAUUGACACAGCAGCGCGCGAACGAGAGAUCGAAGAGAAGAAGCAGAUUGCUCUCAAGGAGAAAAAGGAAGCUGACGAAAAAGCCCGAGAGGAGAAGCGUGCAAAGGAUGCUGUUGCAAAGAGUGAAAAGAAGGAAGCAGCCUCGAUUGUCGAGGGCAAAGAGGAAUCAAAGGAAGAUGACACAGGUGCCGGAAAGAACUACGAAAUCUUACGCCGCAUGAAUGACGAGAAUGCCGAAACAGAUAAUGACGCUGAAGAUGCCAAUGGAGAAAUUGUCGAAGACAAAGCAGUAAAGCCCAAAGAAAUUGUUCGCGAUCCCCCUCGGAAGCCUUCCGGACAGAACUCGUGGAGAAAGCCUGCCACGAAGUCCCCUGUAUCCGUAGCGCAAGGAACUACCGCCGAAACCCUCGAUGCCGACGGCUGGAGCACUGUACCUGAGCCUCGUUCCCGCGGUAAAAGGAGAGGGGGUGGCAAUCAGGGCGCUCGUGCCAUCGCAUCGUAGAGAAAUGAAGGGGGUACCACGUUAACGACAUAGGUGGUUCAUGCUCUGGUGUAUACAUCCAACGCUCCUAUCUGCUUUCCCAUACACUUCAAGCGAAAAAUCUC